AUGCGUGCCAACUCUUUGUCCAUUUUCGCCGCCUUGUCCCUCGGGAGCCUGGUGGCUGCGCAGCGAGCUAUCCAAGAUGACGAUGCGACGCACGUGGAACGACCGCGCUACUACUUCCCCCAGAAUAUUAAGCGCACUGUUCACAACGGCACCUACAAGAACCCCGACACGCCGAACCCUCUCGCUACGGUGUUGGACGAUAUCACCGGAGAAACCCCGACCACACCCUCUGCGGCAGCUACUAACACCGGAAAGGAGGUCGUUGUGGUGAUUUCCAUUGACGCUGAAGGACACCGCCACACCAUCACCACGGAGACUCGUUCAAACGCCGCCACGACUACCAAGUCGACUAUGACCACCGCUGUGGAUGACACGACCAAUUCCGACACCACUACCGCUGCCGACACCACUACCGCAAGCAGUUCCACCGCUGCUAGCACUACGGCCACCCCUACAACUAGCGCUUCCUCUGGCAACCUUUUGAGCGACGCUGCGGCUGCCGCCUCGGAGCUCUUGAACGGUGAUUCGACCACUGCUGCAUCCAACGGAACUGCUAGUGCUACCACCUCUGCCACGGCCAACACGACUUCCGCCACUGCUUCGUCCGCUGCUUCAGGCACUGCUUCUACCACACCUUCGGGCACUGCUUCAAGCUCUGCCUCGGGCUCUGCAUCAACCUCUGCCUCAACCUCUGCUUCCUCGAGUGACGAUAUUCUUGCUUGGUUGUUGGGAACUGACUCGACAACUGCUACAGGAACGGCCACCGCCAACACCACCGGUCUGGCCACCAUUCCUGUCAGCGUUCCUGCAACCGCUAGCCCUACCGCGACCGGCGAUGCGCUCACCAGUCUCUUGAACAGCGUCUCGGCCGCUCUCAAUGCUACCGAGCCCACUACUGGCACUGGCGCCGAGUCCACUACUGGCAUUGGUGCCAUUCCUACCCCCUUGGCCAGUGUGAACCCUCACAAGUCAGGAAGCCCUAGCGGCACUCCCGUUGUUGCUGGUACCAGUACUAGUACUGGCAGUGGCAGUGGCAGUGGCACCACCGGAACUCCCACUGGCUCGAUUGGCGUUAUCCCUGUGCCUCACUCUCCCAGUGCUGGCUCUGGAAGUGGCUCUGGAAGUGGCUCUGGCAUGGCCACCGGCUCUGGCGCUGUUCCUACUCCCACUGGAAGCCAGACCGUCAAGGUCACCCCCACUUCCACUGCUUCCCCCACGCCUACACCUGAGCCCGAGGCCACCACCUCCUCUCACAUUGAGACUACCAGCACUACUCAUACCGAGAAGCCUGUUGAGACUACUUCGUCUUCUUCUGACUCCAGCGACUGGAUGCCCUCUAGCAUUCUGAUUCAGCCUUCCACCACUGAGACUGCUAUCAGCACUAGUACUGCCACUCACAGCGCGGCUGCUUCCCUUCCUGACUCGAUCACACCUUCGAACAGUGUCACUCAGGCUCCUGCCGACUCCAUGUUGCUUCAGAUCGGUUUCGACGGCAGCCUUCCCUGGUCAUUCGUCGCUACCACCCCUCUGUCUUCGUCUCAGAUCUUCGAGUACAUUCCUCAGGCCCUGAAGCAUGCUCUACCCUACUGGGGCGCCAAGGCUGAGAUGUUCGCUCUCGAGCCUUACUACAACUGGCAGAAGACUGGCUACAACGCCACUCUAGCUAUCUUCUACUUUCCCCGUGAAGGCUACCAGAAGCUGAAGUCCCAGAAGAACAACCCGAAUUCUCUUCUUUACACCGAGGAGCAGAGCGCAACCGUCAAGGCCCUGAUGAGCAUGAUUGACUCUACCAUUCCCCUGGACUUCACCGGCAACUGGCCCAGUGAUGAUGGCGACUCGUCUUCCGGCUCAUCGGGCAGCGACGGCAGCAGCAGCAGUGGCAGCAACAGCAGCGACGGUAGCGACGACUCCAAUGAUGGCACCUCCAGUAGCAGCAAGGGCAGCGCUAGCUCCGCCGGCAUUGCUGUCGGUGCCGUGGCUGGUGCCGCUGCCUAUGGUGCUGCUAUGUUCUGGGUUGCUCGUCGUUACCGCAAGAGAAAGCAGCUGCACCAGCGUUCCAGCUCUGUCGACCAGAUGAGCCAGGGUUCCUCUGUCGCCGGUGCUGGUAACCGUGUGUCUGGCAGCCAGCGCUCCCAGAUGAUCAGUGCCCCCGUGAUGGCGGAGAACUCUCUGGGCUGGAACUAG